AUGUCCUCUUACAGCCCCGACUUGCAACCGGAAGUGAUGAACAGCUCUCAACCUAGCAUCGCAAGCUCGUCCGUCCCCGACGUCCCCAUUACUUCCGGCGCUCCCACUCCUACCCCUUCCACCCCUUCAUUGUCCAUCGAAAUUCCCAACACCCUCAACCUCUCCUCCACCCCUGCAACCCUCAAGCUCUCCGGAAGCCUCAUCAACGGCCACCCAUUGUCCGACCACGGUGAUAAUGAUUAUGUUGUGAUCUACUCCGGAAACGCGGCCGAAUGUCCUCGGUCGUUUAUUAUUCAUCUCGAUUUGACCGGCGUCAAUGCCGGGGAUGUGAUAAACAGGCAAGAGGAGGAGCAGGAGCAAAUAGAGGAGAAGGGUGAAGAGGAUCGACUCGACCGGCAGCAGCGGCAGCAGCAGCCCAUCCCAUAUAAUGUCGAAUCAAGAGACAGCCACGACCAGAGACACUUGCAGUAUGAGUGUAUUUCCUUGGCAACCGGCGACACCUUCGCCGCCCAAUCGAUGCCCAUCGGGGUCACGAUGAUGAAUCGUUUUACUGUAGGCAGUUGGAACGAUUACCCGGAUGGGUUUUGGGGAACUCCCACCGUUGGUGCACCGGGUGGGUGGAGGGCUGAUUCACCGGAGGAUUGA